UAUCUGUAGAUCUAACAUCAUCUGCAGGACCAGUGUUUCUAAACCUUUUAAUGGCAGUUAAAAAUACAUUAUCUGAGGCUCCAUAUAUUUUAGAAUCUUUGAUUGAAAAUAUAGAAAAUUAUCUAGGCAUAUCAUUUCGUUUGCAACUGCUUAAUUCUUCAGUUGCUCUAUUCUUACUACGAUCAGCAGAAAGUAAGGAUAUAUUGGCAAAAUUAUUUAAUUCGACAUUGAAACAGUGA